CACGUGACAAUUUCUUUACCGCUUCUUCACAAAACAUGGCAGAUCAAUACAAUUACGGAGGGACAGCUGGGGCAACCCAACAGCAGGGGUAUGGGGGUUAUUCAGGCUAUGGCCAACAACCAGCAGCAGAUCAGAGUGCAUCUUACCAGCAGCCUGCUGCAGGAGGAUACAGCCAGCAAACGGCUGCUCCCCCAGCAGCAAGUGGCUAUGGACAGCCAGCUCAAACUACAGGUGGUUACGACUACAGUGCACAGACACAACCGCCAGCCGCAGGAUAUGGACAACAGCCAGCUAGUAAUGGGUCUUCUGCUGGUUACGGACAGCAGGCUGCAUCAGGCUAUGGACAGCAAUCCGGGGGUUCAUAUGGACAGCAGUCCGCCCCGCCCACGAGUCAAUACGGCCAAGCUCCUUCCCAGGGCUAUGGGCAGCAAAGUUACGGCCAACCAGCUGAGCAGAGUGGUAGCUACGGGCAACAACAGGGUGGCUAUGGGCAACAAAGUGGCGGAAGCUACGGGCAGCAGUCACAAGGCGGCUAUAACAGCUAUGGCUCAUCAGAUCAGUCAAGCAGUGGCGGUGGAUACGGAUCAAGUGGCGGCGGUGGUGGUGGCUACCGUGGAGGAAGUGGUGGCUAUGGUAACCGUGAUGGUGGUAGAGAUGGUGGAUCAAGAGGCGGUGGUGGCUAUGGAGGUGGCGGUCGAGGGGGCUACAACAAAUUUGGUGGAGGUGGAGGUGGGGAUGACAAACCAGAGUUGGUGCAACAACCAGACACAGUGUUCUGUCAGAACCUGCCAUUAGAUGUUACGGAGAAGCAGCUGGAAGAGCACUUUGGCCAAAUUGGAGUCAUUAAGACUGACAAGAAGUUGAAUAAGCCAAAGAUCUUCAUUUACAAGGACAGAGAGACAGGCAAGCAAAAGGGAGAGGCCACCAUCACAUACGAUGAUGAAGAGGCUGCAAAUGCAGCUAUUAACUGGUUCCACAACAAAGAUUUCCGAGGACAGACAAUCCGUGUGAUGAUUGCCAGGCGUAAAAUGAACAACAACUUUGGCGGUGGUGGCUUCAGAGGAGGACGUGGUGGCGGUGGUGGUGGUUUCCGUGGUGGAGAUCGUGGCGGAAGAGGAGGCGGUCGUGGUGGUGGCGGCGGCGGAAGUGGCAGAGAGGGAGAUUGGGAUUGUUCCAACCCAGAAUGUGGAAAUAACAACUUUGCUUGGAGGAAUGAAUGUAAUAGGUGUAAAUGUCCCAAAGAAGGAGGUGCAGGAGGUGGUGAUGGAGGCUACAGAGGUGGACGUGGUGGCGGUGGAUUCCGUGGAGAUAGAGGAGGCAGAGGUGGUGGUUUUGGAGGACGAGGUGGUGGUCGUGGAGGUGGUAGAGGAUUUGGUGGAGAUAGAGGAGGACGUGGCGGACGUGGACGACCUGGACCAUAUUAGAAGGAAUCAACCUUGACAAACAUACUACAUUGUACAUAGACUCUUAAUAAAUAUCACUCAGCUUUGGAUAUGGACUUCUCCCCUUCAAUAAGAUAUGAACAUUAUCUCCCACUGGGAUUAUCUUAUAUCAUUAGUACAAUUUGGAUAUCAGUCGAUGAAGUUUUGAAAAUAGAGGAAUGUAACAUGUCAUUCCAAACAGAAUUUUAUGAAAUGUCAUUAGAAAAGGGAGAUUAACUUUAUUUUUGUAUUUGCAAGUAUCUCAUUUUGUAAAAUAUGACUCAUGAUUUCUCUUGAUAGUAGUUCCAAUUCAGAUUCUAUUUAUAUUGUAUAUAUUCUUCAACUUUGAGUAAUGUAUGCUGGACUGACAUACCACUGUCUUCUUAUUGUGCUUAUUGAAAACAAGUCAUUAAAAUGUUAUUAACAACAGUGAAUUUUAAGUCUUAAUAAUUCUGUGUAUAAAAAUGUCAUUUUUCACUUUCUCUGUUGAAAUGUACUUCGGUAAAUUUUUCGUCCCCUAUUUGUACCUUAGAUAAUGCGGUUCAGCCAUUUCCCUGUUUUAUUGUAUAAAAUUGUAAUAUUGUCAUGUUUUAGUGAAAUACAUAGAUUUUAUAAUAAAACGAA